AUCUGCGAUCUUUACUUCAUUGUUCAGUGGGAGCCAUGACCCAAAGAGACUUGGAGUUGUCAGAGUCAGUCACUGCUACGACUAAGAGGAAGCUCAGCCUUUCAAAGACAGAAGAUGAUCCAGUCAGUACGAAGAAGGCCAAAGCAGAUGACAGCACUGAGCUCGAAGACGAAGCUACAUCUGACACUGACGAGGAAAAGGACGCCAAGCACGACGUCGACGAUACGUAUUUCUUGUGGGUGCUUGCCUUAAGAGGAUUGUUCGAGCCUGGCAGCGAGGAUGACGAGCCUCUCGUUCGAUUGAGGUCGUCUAUCAUGGAUACUUAUGCAAGCAUUUCUCAUUUGCCAGAGAGCGAACGUGAGGAAGCCUUCGAGGACCAUCUUGACAACAUCGUAUCCUACGGCCUGGAAAGCGUAGAGGGUGCUUGUGAAGUCCCAGCAGCCAAGGAGCUAAUCAAAGAUUGGGAGUCAAAAGACACCGGACACUGGUGGUUCAUCGUCACCAUGAAACCUGAAGAGCCCGAACCAGGUGUACCAUGCUUGAAGGUUAAUGAAUGCUAUGCUUAUCGAGAGUGGUGGAUCACGGAUGUCAACCCAGCUCAACCAGAAGAGGCGGAUGCAAUGGAUUCCUUGGCCGAAUUAUUGGCAGACAGGGAGAUGAUGUAGAUUAUUUUGCACGUCGCGUAUUACUGUUAGUCCUACGAGAGACAACACCAUAAUGUCCAAAGCUUCUGUGCCCCCUUCCCGUUACAUGAUCGGCA